AUUUUCUGCGGGCCUCAGCACUCUCUGAACACAUCAGCCCUGUUGUUGUCAUCCCAUUGGAAGCUUCAUCCCCAGACAGUGAACCUAUCAUGGAUCUUGUUGAGAUGGAAACUUCCUCACAGCAGAGUCUCUUUGACAAUAAGUUUGAUGACAUCUUUGGCAGUUCUUCCAGCAAUGAUCCCUUUAACUUUAACAGCCAGAAUGGGAUGACCAAGGAAGACAAGGACAGGUUAAUUGAACAGCUGCACAGAGAAAUCGAUGCCCUUAAGGAUGAGCACAAGAACUUCAAAGCUGAGAGUCACCGCCUGGUGAUGCAGCUGAAGGGACGUAUCAGUGAGCUGGAAGCUGAGCUGGAAGAGCAGAAGCACCUAAAGCAACAGGCACUGGAUGAGAGUGACUUCUUGCACACAGAACUGGAUGAAUGGAAAAAGAGGCACGAGGACACAGAGAAAGCCCAGCGAAGCCUGACAGAGAUUGAGAGGAAAGCACAAACCACAGAGCAACGCUAUGUGAAGCUAAAAGAAAAACACAGUGAGCUGGUGCAGAAUCAUGCAGACCUCCUGCGCAAGAAUGCUGAAGUCACCAAGCAGGUGACUGUGGCAAGACAGGUCCAAAGUGACACAGAGCGUGACAAGAAAGAGCUUGAGGACUCCUUUCAGCGGCUGAGUGAGCAAGCCCAGCGAAAGUCUGAAGAAGAGCACACCGCUCAUCUGGCUGUCCUGAAGCAAGAGAAAGACAUUCUCACAGAAACCAUGGCUCAGCGUGAUCAGCAGGUGGCAGCUUUGGAAGCUGAAGUACAGAAGUUACAUGCUACACUUGAAAAGGAAAAGGAGUACAGCAGUAAGACAAUCCAGGAGUUGCAGAACCGCUUGGGGGAAACAGAAGGCAACACACAGGCUCUUCAGCAGGAGCUCCUGGACAAACAGUUUGUGCUCCUUCAGUGUGCUGUGAAAGAGGCUGAACAGAUAGUACAGGAUGCUCUCAAUCAACUCGAAGAUCCCACUCAUAUCAGUAGCACAAGCUCUGCAGAUUACCUUUUAUCAAGGACCCGUGCAGCAUCUGAAUGUGUGGAGCGGCUACAGGAAGCAUGCAGCCAAUACCUUUCUGACCAGUCAGAUGUGAGCAGUUUGUUAUCAUGCGUGCCUCUUUUUGCUCACCUGAUUGGCGAUGCCAUUCUGCAGGCUAGUGCCACAUCGCACACGGCCCCCAUGGAAUCUGCUGAUUUGCUGUUGGAGACCAGCAAGCAAUGUGGGAAUGAGACCUUGCACUAUCUGGGAAUGCUGAAAGAUAAAGCUACCUUGGGAAGUGCUGAUUGCGCUGCUGUCAGGAAUUGUCUCAACCAGAUCACUUCAAUUGGACAGGAUCUGCGGCCCAAAGGCCUGGAUGUUGAGGAAGAGAAACUGGGGGAUCUAGUCGAUGAAGAGAUGGCAGCAACAGCUGCAGCUGUUGAGAUAGCAGCUGCCAGGAUUGAGGAGAUGCUGAACAAAUCACGAGCAGGGGACAGAGGAGUCAAGUUUGAGGUCAAUGAGAGGAUUUUGGGGUCCUGCACAGACUUAAUGCAGGCCAUUCAGGUUUUGGUGUUGGCUUCCAAGGACCUCCAACAAGAGAUUGUGGAGAGUGGAAGGGGAGCAGCAUCCCCCAAAGAAUUCUAUGCCAGAAAUUCCCGUUGGACAGAGGGCCUGAUUUCUGCUUCCAAGGCUGUAGGCUGGGGAGCAACAGUGUUGGUAGAUGCUGCUGACCUUGUAGUUCAAGGGAACGGGAAGUUUGAAGAACUCAUGGUUUGUUCACAUGAAAUUGCAGCAAGCACAGCUCAGCUUGUUGCUGCUUCAAAGGUAAAAGCAGACAAAGACAGUGUAAAUCUCAGCAAGCUUCAGAUUGCCUCUCGAGGAGUCAAUCAGGCAACAGCCAGAGUAGUGGCUUCCACUAAGUCAGGAAAAUCACAAAUACAGGAGAAAGAUAGCAUGGACUUCUCUGACAUGACACUAACACAGAUGAAACGGCAAGAAAUGGACUCUCAGGUCCGAGUCUUGGAACUGGAGAGCCAACUGCAGAAGGAACGCCAGCGCCUGGGUGAGCUCCGUAAGAAGCACUACGAGCUGGGAGGCGUAGCUGAGGGUUGGGAUGAGAAUGGAGCAGAUUAGGAUCUCUGAGAAAGAAGGCAGAGAAGAAGACCCUUCCGUUGAUGUGACUACUUCUGAAUAUGAAUGAUGAACUCAUUUGAAUAUACCACAAAGCCUGUGCUCAUCAACAAUACAUUCAUACUUGGGGCUGGCCCUGCAGGGUCCUCUGUUGACUAAGAAGAGAGCAGCAAAGCUGUGGGGGAGAAAAAUAGUUUCCUAGCCGCAACAGUAUCCAUAGCAUUGCCCUGCCAUAGCCAUAAAACACAAAUCCUGCAUCCAUAUGUAUGUUACAGCAUUUCUGCAGAGUUGGGUUUCCUCUUGCCUCUUCCCAGGUCACUUCCUUAUAUUUUGCACAGCCUCUGUUUUGUUAACUUUGGCUCUACACCAGACCAGGGAUAGUGCUGAUCUUGCUGCUCAUUCUCUUUGCUUGCCUUUUCUCAGAUCCAGGAUGGUGGCAGGAGGUUGGUUAAAAGACUGAGUCUACCCAUACACAUAAAGGUACCAGUCUCUCUGAGGGCCACUUCAGUCUCUACAGAAGAGGGGUUUGUGUAACCUGGUCUGCCACAUCUCAGGAACUGCGACCUUCUCCAUUUCUCAUUCUGCUGCCCCAUCCUGCCUUGCUCCAACAAAGUGGGACACUGUCCACUGCCUCAGAGUAGUUCACUGUGCUUUGAGCAGCAAUAAACAACAACUGAGAAUCUAGAAGUAGGAAUUGCUAGUAGGGAAGGGAGGCUGAAGGGGCCCAAGGAACUGACUUUAUAUUUGACUAUUGUUCGGGGCACCAGCUGUUAGUCCACAUACCAGCCAGUUGGCCUUUUAACCACCUGUACUCCAUGAGCAAAGCGGAAGCUGCCUAGAGCCAGAUGACCUCAGCACAGCUUGUUAGCUUUCCUUCAACCAUCUAAGAAAUGACCAGUAGUACGAGGCAGCUGUGCCACCUGGAAGGUGAACUGGAUUCUUUUAUAGAUGAUGUGGUUUCUCUUCCCACUGCCUUCUAUACCACUGCCUUCCCUGACAGCUGUCUCAGGCACCUCAUGAUCACUGUGAGCCUCUAAGGAAAGAAAAAGCAGAAGAAAGAAGAAUAAAGAUGCUGUUGCCUAUAAAUUGGAUAUUUCCUUUCAGUCUUGCUUUUGCUGUAUAGGGAAGGGCCUGAGGACUAAGCUCUUCCACCAGCAUCAGGCAAAAUGUUAUACCAAAGGAAGUCCUGAGUGAAGAACAUCUGUAGUCUGGCAUUAGAUUAGUAAAAGCUAUUUUAGUGGUUUUCAGAUAGGGAACAUUUUAUUUACUCCCAUCGUACCUGUGUGGACUAGUACCAUUGUCAGCCAGACAAUAGAAGAACAAGCAGCAAAACCUAUACUGUCUCCUAAGCGAAGCAAGACUGCUGAGGGAACAAUCAAACCAAGUCUGCUCCAUAUCUCGGAUGGGGCAAUCAGCCUGAAGCCAUGUAUCUUUCUGGUGUUUUGGGUAGGGCUGCCCUACACCUGAUUUCUGCAAGCUAGCUGAUAUAUGUCAGACAUACGGGUGGGGGCCUUCAGGAUGUGAUCCAAGUAGAAUAAUUUGGCUAACUCGUGUUGCCUAAAAUGUCUCCGAAGUGGUGCUUAUGUUUAGCAGGUGCUGCCAAGGGGCCUGGGGUUCUUUUGAAAGUUCAACAUUAGAAGAAGCCAUGAGAAGGCUACUGAGUCUGGUGUCAGCCAUUUUAUGGAGACCAGAGACCCUUUUGGCUUUGCCUUCAACUAGAGAAGCUCAUAAAUCUGGUUCCUGAAUGAGCUGCCAUGGCCUUUGGCAUACCUAAUUCCUUGCCAACCUCUUAACUCUGUCUCCCAACUCAGAUAAGCUUAUCUAUUGCACACUGCCAUUUGGGGAGGGGACAAAAAGACCUAGGGCUUCUCUUCUUUCUCAAAGGAUCUGUCCACCUAUCUUCUCUUCUCUCCCCCCCAAAAAAAGAAGUUCUUUUCCUAAAAGCACUGCAUAGGCCAACCAGCCUAUCAAAUACUGGUGCCUGUUAUGCCCCAGGUCGCCUUGCCAUAUGGCUGGCAGCCCAAAUACCAAAUAGCACUUCUCCCACCGCCAGCUUGAAUGAGGCCAAUCAGCUGCCUGCCUGCCUCGCUCCAAAACAUCAGGUACUAUCCUGUUGCCCCAGCACAUGAGGCAUUUCCUAUGGCGCUGAAAUGUCCUUGCUCAGCCUUUCCAGGGACAUCCCUUCAACAUCUGGUGCCCUCCCCAACUACCUCAGGUUUUCAGGCUGACUGGCCAUGCAUGUGGAGGACAAAAAGGAAGAAAACUAAGAGUGAUUUAAUGUGAGACUUGGAUAAGAACGGUUUUGUUGUGCUAGAAAAAUGAUUUCCUCAGUGCUUGCUCUUGGGUUGUUUUUUUUAAACUUUUCCUAAAUUGAGCAGGUGGUUGUGAACAAACUUCCAUUAGAACAGUUUCCCUUAAAAUGACAAAAAAUGCUACCUUGGGCCUAAUCAACAAUUGACCCGGGCAGCCAGCUCUUUUCUUUCCAAGAAAACGUUUAAUUAUUGUAUUAAAUACAUUUUUUCUUUGUACAAUAUGUUACAUGUGUGUGUUCAAUUUUUAAAUAAAUAUUUCAAUCCACUCGUA